GCAAUACAAAGUUUAAUAUAAUACUUUCACCAUAACAAACUUCUUCUCUGGUCAGCCCUUCUUCUCUGCAGGCGACCUUUGACUCGAGGUUCAGGAGCUGUCCAUUCAGCACCACCACGAGCCUCUUUGGGAAAGACAAUGCAAGAGGGAACCAAUGAUGAUCAAAUACGACAAAGAACAGAUGCGCAGGAAAGGCAAUGCGGUUCUUAUCGUAUUAAGCCGAAUUCGCAACCGCCAAUUUGCAUACAUUCUGCAGAUUUCCAGCAUUUGGUGGCAGCACUUGUGUUCUGGAAGCAGGCGCACGUACGAGAAGAGACUUUCCGUCGGUGACGCCAAAGCUGCACAACAACAAGCCUCUCCUCUCCUUCUGCUGGCUUUCCCACACUUGACUCUCCUCAAAUUGUUUCCGUAUACACACGAGCGGAUUUGUGUAGUAUAAUAAUUUAAUUAUUUUUUUGCACACUGCAAGAUAAACUCUGCGUCCUCCAGGCACAGCGAUCCCGUCAUGGACUCUGGAAGGCACUGAGACAAGAUGCUGAUGUCUGGGAGGCUGCAGCGCCUCCUGCUGGCCGGGACCUGUCUCUGCGUCUACGGGACGCCUGUCCACCCCCCGACCGUCCCCCCCACCUGGGACGGCUCGGUCACCAGUGUCGGUGCGGAGCCUGAAACCUCAGAUGCAGAACACGUGGCUGGCCCGAUAUUGAAUGUAGGUGCAGGAGGGGCUGGCCCACAUGGGCGACCCGGGGGGACGGACCCGGUGACGCAGACGGAGACAAACGGGGACGGCCUCGGUGGAGGAUCUGGGCCGAGUGAGGAGGCCGGCGGAGAGGCACGGAGCCAGAGCGAAGAGACAAAGAGGUUUGGGAGCUCGUCUGAGAUGGGAGACGCUCUGAGACCGACGGAGGCGGGUCCAGGUCCGUCCGUUGAUCCAGACGGGAGACGGGAGGACGCCACUGUCAUCAAUCAGCCGAUGUUGAAGCGGUCGGACACAGUAAAUACAGCGAGAGAUGGAUUUUUAGCCUCCCCCACAGAGCCCCCACAGCUGAGCAUCACAGCCGGGGAGGCCGGAGACCCAGGGGAGGCGGACCGAACAAAACCGGACCCAGAAACUAGCUCGCCGUCAACCACAGAACCUCCAAAUCCCGGCGCAGCGACCCAGAAACUGGCCUCCCACAGCUCCAUGUUCGUCUCCCCGCAGACCUCCACACAUGUGUCGAUUUGGGACCACGAUGAAACAAUGUCCUCCCUCCCGGACCCCUUGCUACCCGAAAUUGGACCGAACCUGAUGCCCACAGGGGAUGGACCAGAAAGCCUGUGGACGGAGGCGGCGAGGCCCAGUGGAGUGGACACCGCGGCGCCGCCGUCUCAGGACGAGGCCACGGAGGGCACCAUGUCCUCGGAGGCUCUGCCUCUCAUCUUCGAGCCGUUUGAAGAUGUCACGCGGGUACCAGGCGGGGCUCAACCGCCCGCUGCCAUGGCGACGGGAGGAGCGCCUCAGUCGGAGGUGGACCUUGGGGAGACGGACGGCGACGGGCCCUCGCACCUAGCCCCGUCCCUGCUGAUGCCGGACUGGACGUCACCUUGGCAGACGUCCGGCGGCGAGCUCCUGCAGGAGCCAAUCGGCUCACAGGGUCCGUCGGCGUCACGGGAGGAUCACGCCGAGAGAGGCGCCGCGAGGACCCCGAACCUCGAGGAUCGCGUGCCCACCACCACCACCACCACCACCGGCCCCUCCUCCUUCUCAUCCUUCCAGCGUGCUAUGACAACGGUAACCAUGGCGACCCGUCGGCCGGCGCACAAAUCCAGAUCAGAGUUGGAGGAGAUGGAGUCUGAGGAGGAGGCAGAUGAAGACGAGAACUCUGAGGAAUCGGUGGAGGACGACAGCGAGGAGGACCUAACGGAAAGACCCAAAACGUCCUCAACGCGGCUUCCGUACAGCCUCAUCCCGCCGCCUCCCGUCUGGGUCCAGCGCAACCAGGGCUUGCUGAGGAGCUGGCUGGAGCUGAUCAGAGAGAAGGCGGGUUACGUGUCUGGGAUGUUGGCCCCCGUGGGCAUCGGCAUCACCGGGGCCCUGCUGAUCGUCGGCGCCCUCUACAGCAUCCGCAUGAUGCACCGCAAGAGGAGGAACAGCUUCAAACACCAGAGGAGGAAGGCCAGGCAGCCAGAGCAACCCGGAGAGCCCGGGACCAGCCGGCAGGACCAGGCCAUGCUGCUGGCCGACAGCUCCGAGGACGAGUUCUGAAGAGACCCUUCGGGCGGGGGCUCCCUUUUUCGCCGGUGACCAAUGGGGCUGAUCGACCUCCCGCCCCCCUUCAUCGCUAUGACUACCGCAUCUCCAACCACCCUGGACCGUUUGGUCUGUGACUCAUCUGAUCCACGGCGUGACUUUGAGGCCUAUCGGGAACAAUUUGCACCAACGGGAAAACUUUCUCCGAACGCCGUCGGGUGAUGUUCAUUCUGCAGCGCUGAACACAGAAAUGAUAUCGCUGCUUGUAUAAAAAAAUAUAUAUAAAUGCAUAAGCAGGGUUUUGGGAAAAGCGCGGACCGUCAGCGGGGUUUCUGUCAAGUAAUAACACAUUUUCAAAAAAGGGCUGUAGAAGAGUAACAUGACAUAAACAAUGUAAAUAUAUAUAUGUUCUGUAUGUGUAGCUGACUUGGGAUCAGUCUAAGUUUUAUUUGUGCGUUUCGCAAAAAGUAAGAUUUACAGAAACCUUCCCCAAAAAAAAAAGUAAAUAUAAAUAUAGAAAAGUAGCAUAAAAAAGAUUUUGAUGUACAAUGUUAAUAUAACUGGUAAAAGUUAUUCUUUUGCCACGACAAUAAAGUAUAUUCAUACACUUCUAAUGAUGGCUGGAAAAGCACAAAAAUUAAAAGACCAGGAGUUCAUAUUUGUGGAUUAUUUUUAACUUGCUCAUUUUUUGUGUGCCAAUCGUGUCGUUGGUGCUUUAACCGGUUCAGACGAGGACCGAUGAAGACGUUCUUUGGACGACUCGCGAGAAAUCACGUUUCUCUGAGAUGCAAAAAAAAAACAAGUCGUUAAGUUUUACGAGGAAAGGAUGCAAAAAAAUAUCUGAAAUGUUUGUAACACCAUCAGUUUAGUUUAAGGGAAAAAUUCAUUUUCUGUAAUUUCACGAGCCAUCGGAUAAGCUUCAUGUACAACUUGCCUGUUUAUUUGCAAUAAUACUGUUUUAGAGUAUAUGUGGUGUAAAACAGUGGACACUUUGUCUCUUAACGUAGAUAUGAAACAUGUGAUCAAAUAAACAAUUAAUUUAGACGUCUGAUUGGGACUCAAGCGGUGACUUUGUUUUGAAAUGAAAACCACACAACAGACACACAACCCGGUUUACAGCAUUAAAAAAAAUCAAAUAAUUUAUUUCUGUGUUCUUUUUCCACAUUAAAUAAAAGCUAUCGGACAUUUCCAGAUCAAAAUCAAGAGAGAGAGGGGGGGGCGGGAAGAGGAACAGGGGGAAACAGAAACGUGACAUGCAAAAAAAAUAUUAUUUUUUUGCUCUCCACCCCUUUGCACACAAGACAGCAGGAAGCCCCCCGUGAUUGGUCGACGGGACCACAGCCUUUAAAAAAAAAUUAUGUAAAAAAAAGAUUAUUUCUGGUGCGGCGUGAGAACGGAGAAGGUGGGGGUGUUGAUUGUUAUAAUAUACGCCACCUGGACGUCACAGCGGACGUACCAGGAGGGGAAAAACUGCCUCCGAACACUGAACUGGCUUGUCAAGUCAAAACUUAUUCCAAAAGCAUCGUCAUGGAGAGAGAGAGAGAGAGAUAGAGGGCUGGGUAACGCUGUGCAACGCCACGGCUACGUAUUGAUAUCGAUGACGAAGCCCCUUCAGUCUGUGAUCCAGGUCCAUUUUGUAAAGGGGUCACCUGACCUGUCCUUCCAUAUCAGUAGUCA